AUGCAUAUCCUCGGUAUCGCCAAUGGGUCCCUCGACGGCAAUUCGGAAAUACUUCUUAAGGCGGCUCUGACAAGUGCCUCGCAGCACGACCCAUCCAUCACAUCGUCCUGGCUGCAUGCCCCGUCCGUCCAGGUUCCUCGCAACCCUGCUCCGCUGCAAGGAGCCCAGGACGUCUCGGCCGGCACAAAUGCCGUGAUGCGCAGCACAGAGCCAGGAACCGAAGCGGACAUCGACGACCGGGCCGCCGUCUUGAACGCAAUCCUCGACGCCGAUGCGCUGAUUAUAUCCACCCCGAUCUAUAGCCACCAGCCCGCAGGGAUGCUCAAGGCGCUGGUAGAUCGCAUCUUAGGACCCUUUGUGGAUGUCGCGUUGGCGAGGAAGACGAUGGAGGGUCAAAGAUCAGGGGAUCCACGAUUCAAGGGCAAAGAAGUGGAUCCGAGGUUGUUGAAACCUAGGGUGGUGGGCUUCAUGGCAGUCGGGGGAUCUACCAUGUCGGAUCAGAUCACCAUGGCGCUGCCGACGCUGCAUAAUCUAGUGUACUCACUUCAUGCGAAGGUAGUCGAUCAGGUGGUGUUUCAGGGCUAUGGUGCCCCGGGCUCGGUGUUGGUGAUCGGGGCAGAGGAUGCGCCGGUACGAGCGCAGCAGUUGGGCAAGAACGUUGCAAGUCAGCUGGGGAAAACCUUUGACGAGGCUGAGUAUCUGGGACCGUUGACAGAAGGGGCGUGUCCUUUCUGCCAUCUAGCCAAGAUCGAUCUAUUUUGCACAAGAGACAACGCUGUCGGAUGCGUGACCUGCGGAGCAGAGGGAAAGUUGGAGGUGGGCAACGACGGAGUGAUCCGUCCAAGGUGGAACGAAGAUAGCUCGAUUUCCAGUAUCACCAUGGCAGGCAAGGAGAGGCAUAUCGAGGAUGUGAUGAGAACAGGAAAGCAGGAGAUUCAGAGACUGCAGUCCGAUUCGGCCCUCCUGCGCAAGCAAGAAUAUUGGCGCGAAGUCCGGAUCCCUGGCGUGGCUCUUCCGAGUAAUCGCAUGUAG